AUGGCAGAAAUGCGUUUUUUGUCGCGGCUCUGCCGCAAACCAAAGGUAGCUAAAGCUGCCCCCGCUGAACAUACUCUCCCUUCCUUUGGCACCGGUCAAAAGAUGUCAAAGGAAACUCUGGCCGCCAUCGAACAUGAGUUCAUUCUCAGUGGUCUGCGCCAAGGCUAUCGCCAUGAUGGCCGAGGUGACCAUGACUACCGAGAGCUGAAAGUCUCCUUCGGCGAAGACUACGGACAUGUAAAUCUUCAGCUGGGAAAAACCAACGUGAUUGUCCGGAUGUCAGCCACUGUUGGCAAGCCUCACCAAGAUCGCCCUUUCGAUGGUACCUUCAAUAUCCAUAUGGAAUUGACUCCCAUGGGCAGUCCCGGUUGGGAAAGUGGCCGCCCCAGCGAAUUUGAAUCUCAGGUUGUCCAUGUCCUUGACCGAGUCGUCCGUCAUUCCAACGCUCUCGAUACAGAAUCGCUGUGCAUUGUUAAGGGUGUCAGCUGCUGGAACAUUACUGCGUAUGUUCAUGUUGUUGAUUACGAUGGCAACCUGACCGACGCUGCCUGCAUGGCAAUCAUGACUGCCUUACAGCACUUCCGCCGUCCCGAUUCCGAGUCGCGUGGUGGCGAAGCCAUCAUCUACAGACUUGAGGAACGAGUCCCAGUCCCUCUGAACAUCACCCGCCAGCCUCUCUGCGUCUCCGUUCUCUUCUUCAACGAUGUCAAGAACCAUAUUAUUGAUCCCACCUACAAGGAAGAGCUGGCCGCCGAUGGAGAGUUUGUGAUUGCCAUGGAUGACAGUGGUCUUUUGUGCUUUUACGAAAAGAUGGCAGGCGUCGCUUCCAACCCAAUGUCAACCCUUAACAUGAUCCAAGUCGCUGCUGAGAGAAUCAAAGAGCACAAUGCUAAUUUGCAGACGGCACUGAAGGCCGAUCUCGCCCAGCGUGCAGAGCUUGGUAUGACCAAUGCGGCCAAGGCAGCGAAUGACCGCUGA